GUGUCUACAUUUUCAUCCCAUGGCCGUCUCUAGGUGAUUUAGCGCCGCCAGUCUCAAGCAGGUGUCCAACAUGGCGAUCACGGGGAGCGGAUCUCUCGCUAUUUCUCUUUCUGUUUUCGUGAUAUCAGUGGCGUUUCUUCCCAAAGGAGCUGCUGAAACCGUGACAGUUGAAGGUCAGAACCUGGCAACUGACAAUGUGUCAGUGAUCGAGGGGGAGAUGGCCACCAUCAGCUGCAGAGUGAAGAACAACGACGACUCCGUCAUCCAGCUGCUCAACCCCAGCAGACAGACCAUUUACUUCAAAGACGUUCGGCCUCUGAAGGACAGUCGGUUCCAGCUGGUGAAUUUCUCUGACAGCGAACUGCGGGUGUCUCUGUCCAAUGUGUCACUCUCCGAUGAGGGACGCUAUGUGUGCCAGCUCUACACAGAUCCUCCUCAGGAAGCCUACGCAGACAUCACUGUCCUGGUGCCACCAGGCAGCCCGGUCAUCGAGAGCCGUGAUGAUGUGGUCAGCGAGGGGAAUGAGACGGAGCUCACCUGCACAGCCAUGGGCAGCAAGCCACCUGCCUACAUCAGAUGGAUGAAAGGGGAUGAGGAACUGACAGGUGAGACAACUGUUGAGGAGACAUAUGACAGGAUGUUCACAGUCACCAGUCGUGUAAGAUUUUCUGUCACCAAAGAGGAUGAUGGAGUGCCAGUGGACUGCAUCAUUGACCAUCCAGCUGCAAAGGACCUCCUGGCUCAAAGGCACUUGGAAGUGCAAUAUAAACCAGAAGUGAAGAUUGUGGUGACAUAUCCUGAGGGUUUAACCAGAGAGGGCGACAAUCUAGACCUGACGUGUAUUGUAGAAGGAAAACCGCACCCCCAUCAGAUCAACUGGCUGAGGGUAGACGAGGAUGUGCCGCCUCACGCUGUGGUCACCGGCUCUGAUCUUUACAUAGAGAACCUCAACAAGUCCUACAACGGCACCUAUCGCUGCGUGGCGUCCAAUGCUGUGGGAGAGGCCUACGACGACUACAUCCUCUAUGUAUAUGAUGCUCCCACUACUAUCCCCACACCCACCACCAACCCAGUCAACACGCAAGACUCCAGAGCUGGCGAGGGGGCACCGCAGAAAAUUGACCAUGCUGUCAUUGGAGGAGUGGUUGCUGUGGUGAUGUUUGCCAUUCUUUGUGCGCUCAUUGUUCUUGGUCGAUACUUUGCCAGACACAAAGGAACAUACUUCACACAUGAAGCCAAAGGGGCAGACGACGCAGCUGAUGCAGACACCGCUAUCAUCAAUGCGGAGGGAGGACACAACAACACAGAUGAGAAGAAGGAGUACUAUAUUUAAACUGGACAGGCCAGGAGAGACGGGUGGGGAUGCUGGUGGUGCUGGAGGUUUCUGUAGGAGCAUUAUGUCUAACUCUGAUUGGUUGUGAGAUGGCUUGGGCACACGAGAUUUAAGAGGAAGAGAAGAAAGGAUGAUGUAGGAAGUAGGACUGGCACGGCCAAGUGGUAACAAGAGGCAUUGCUCAGUCUCCUAUCCGACCCUUCCUGGACUGCAGGGGCCUAUUCUGUACAGUUCGAUUAUUUUACAGACAAUUUUGUGCCUUGUUAUAUUUCUUUUGUUUAAGUUUUUUUUGUUCUUUUUUCCCAUGCUUGUUGGAUUGGAUUUUUUCCAUGUACUCCACCUGAUCCUUGAGCCUGGUGAUUGUCUAUGUGUGCCGCAGCUAGCUUUUAGCUCAUGUGCUCAGAUCUGAGAGGAGCCAGUUCAUCCCCAUUUUUUCUGAGAAAUCUCCAGAGGUCUGCAAAAGGUCAAAGUUCAAGCCCCCAUACAUGUAGAUCUGAUCGGCUUUGACAGUUUUCAGUGCAGAUUGUAAUUCCUCCCCUUAAAGAUCACUGUGUUGAUCAUUAAUUAAACAGUAAUCAUGCUGAUCAUAGAACAUUUCUUAUCGUAUCAUAUCUUACAAUAUCAUUUCAAACCAAACUGCAAAGUACAACUGGUUCCUUGGUGGUUUCAAGAAAAUGCCAGACAACUAGCACUGUAGAUGUGAGGCUAGCUUAUUAUUUGUCUAGGAUAUUGUGGAGUGCGGUCUUAGACGUCCUUACAGCUGUAAUUUGCCAUUAAGUGGAGUUAAGAUUACUACAGAGAAAAUCAGAACUGUUUAUUCUUUUUAAGGUUUCUAUCAGGCCCUUCUGAUGAUUGAGAGGACAACAGUAAAUUAACAGCAGAACACAUUGUGAACAUUGUAUUGUGAUCUGCUUUCUUUCUUUUUUGUUGUCAGCUGAACAUAUGGUUCUGAAAAAAAAAAUCUCAUACGAGUUGACA